UGCCCCGGCCCCUUGGCUUCCAGUCUCCCAGCGUCCCAAAGCGGGUGCCGGUUCCGACCCCUGCUCCUGCUGCCUGCACAGCCCGACCCCGGCUGGGCAGCGGGGCCGGGGCAGAGCACGGAGGGCUGACCCCGCUGCGGGACAUCCCGGCGGGGCUGCAGCCCGGGGCCCCGGGAGUUGUCUGCCACAUUCGCUCCAGCGAGCAACUGUUUUGACAGAGCCAUUACUCACCCGUCAAGCUUUUGUUCCCGCUGCCCAGCGGUGCCUGUCUGGAGUCCUGAAUAGGAUCAAAUCCUGCAACCAGACACACACACACGCACGCAGGAGCGCGCAGCCGAGCUCGCCCCAAAGCCAGGGCUGCUGCGGGGCGGCUCGGCUCUCCCCAGUGCUCCCUCCGGAGAUUGGGGGUCUGCUCCCCCCAUCCCGGGACCUACAUGAAGCUCUUGGUCCUGCUGGUUUGCAGCCUCCUGGUGUGGAGGGUGGGUGAGACGAGAUCGGAUGCUCCAGAAAAGUUGUCCCUGCUGGCUCCGGGAGCUCUCAGCACGAAGGAGACCUUCCUGGUGCUCUCACUGCACAACAAGCUGAGGAGCAAAGUGCAGCCCCCCGCUGCCAACAUGCAGAAGCUGGAGUGGAGCGAGGAGCUGGGGCGGCGGGCGGGGGCACGGGCAGCCAGCUGCCUGGAGGGCCCCGCUCCACCGCCAGCGCCGCAGCUGGGCUGGAGCGAGCUCCUGCUGCCGGCGGGCGCGGGAGGCUUCGGGGCCGUGCUGGAGCUCUGGUUCGCCGAGGGACAGCGCUAUGACUACAGGACGGGGCGCUGCGCCGCCAAUGCCACCUGCCGCCACUACACCCAGCUGGUGUGGGCCACAGCGGGGCAGCUGGGCUGCGGCCGGCACCGCUGCCCCGGCCCCCAGGGCCCCAGCGAGGCCUUCGCCUGCGCCUACUCGCCGGGGGGCAACUGGGAGGUGGCCGGGACGCCCAUCCUGCCCUACAAGCAGGGACCCUGGUGCUCCCUCUGCACUGCUGGCCUCUCUGGCUGCUUCAAGUCCUGGGACCACAGCGGUGGGCUCUGCGAGGUGCCCAGGAACCCCUGCCGCAUGAGCUGCAGGAACAGUGGGCGCCUGGACAUGAGCAGCUGCCAGUGCGCCUGUCCCCCCGGCUACACGGGCAGGUACUGCCAAGUGAGGUGCAGCGGGCAGUGCCUCCACGGGAGGUUCAGGAAGGAGGAGUGCUCCUGCCUCUGCGACGCGGGCUACGGAGGAGCUGAGUGUGGCACAAAGAUCCAUUUCCCCUUCCAUGCCUGUGACGUGCGGAUAGACAGCGACUGCUUCAUGGUGUCCCCUGAAGCCGACACCUACUAUGGAGCCAAAAUUAAAUGCCAGGAGAAAGGAGCAAUGCUGGCCCAGAUAAGAAACCAGAAGGUUCAGGACAUCCUGGCUUUCUACCUCAGCCGCUUGGAGAUGGGUAACAGGGUGACAGACACUGAUUUUGAGACUGGAAACUUCUGGAUUGGUCUCACCUACAAGACAUCCAAGGCUUCCUUCCGCUGGGAUGUGGGUGAGCCAUCCUCAUUCACCAGCUUUGCUUUCGGGCAGCCGGACAACCAGGGGUUUGGGAACUGUGUGGAGAUGCAAGCAUCAGCUGCCUUCAACUGGAACGACCAGCGCUGCAAGACCCGAAACCGGUACAUCUGCCAGUUCGCCCAGGAACACAUCGCCCUGUGGCAGCGGGACCCCUGAGCUGGUAGCCCUGGGAACUGGCCAGCGCUGGCUGCUGUGCUGAACCUGGGGCUCAGGAGGAGCCUGGAGCUGUGCAAAGCCUGGACCAUGGCUCAGGAGGAUCUCUGCACACCUCACUUGUGCAGGAAAUGAGGGGCUGAAGGGACCCAUGGCACUGGGACCUGGCAAGAAGGGGUGUGCUGUACGUUAGCAUCCCUGACACAGCAUCUUCUUCUGCCCCUCACCUUCCUCUGUCACCAUCACUCUGCAACACCCUGGGCAGAUGUCCCUUGCAACAGCCAGGUACAAAAGCAUCCUCCUCCAAAAUUGGCAGCUGGGCUGUGUCUGGACUGUGGUCUCAGUGUUACGAGGGGCCAAGGGGGCUCUUUGGGGGUGCAGACCUUGGCAUAGCUCAGGGAGGACCAGGCUCAGCUCUGAGCUGUUGUCCUGACCUGGGAGAGAACGCCCCAGCCUGGUGGGUUUUUUUACCAUCCUCACCUGGUCCUUCAUCAUCUGCCUGGUCAUUAAUAAAGACCCUCUUUCCUUUGGGAAGAGAAAUUUGUCUCAUUUUCUUCCCCUAAGCCCACCAGACUCUCCUUAGCCACAGUCCACAUCCUGCCUGCACUGGAUGGAACCUCCAGUUUGAUCUCUGGAGUGGGUUCUGGGGUUGCUGGAGCCAAGGCCAGCCUUGGCUGAACUUGUCUUCAGCAUGUCGGGUUGCCUUGGAGAGAUGGUGUCAGCCAAGAGCUGCUUCUUCCAGCCCCAGGAUGGUCCCAAGUCACAGUACCCUGUGUGCUGGGUGCAAGCCUGUGCCCCCAGCACUGGUGGGUGUCAGUGGGUGCUUUAGAGGCGAUGUGCCACUGCCCUCCCCAGCUGCACCCAGCUGCCCCUGAAGUCCUCAAGGACAGUGGGAGCAGAGGGGGUGACCCCGAUUGUAGAAGGACAUCUUUCCACCUCUGCCCAUGGCUGGCAGAGGCCCCAGAGGCUCAUGCAGGCAGAAGACUCACCAGAAAAAAUACAAUUUAUUAUUAUGAAAAAACUAACAAAACACAACUUGCCACCCUGAAGCACUGCCUGGGCAAGAAGUCCAAGGGAUGCUCAGUCCAUGCCAUGACGUGGCUCCUGCCUCGUGCUGCAUGCACAGCUGGAUAUAGUGGGGAGCUUGGAGUGAGGGUUUCAGCCUGGUGCUCUGACCACCCCAGGUGGAAACGUGGAAUCCUUGAGUGCCAGCAAUUGCUUGGAGAGAGGUCUUGGGCAGGCUCUGGCUGCUGAAGCAGUAUGGAGGUUGUUCUUGGGGAGCUUCAGCAGCAUGCAAGGCUGUUUGGGUCCUGUGGUGCCAGUUGAGAAUGGUCUCCUGCAACACGAGGGCUUCUCAGGUGCCCUCUGGGGUGCUUAGGCAGCGUGUGGGGGGUGCAGAUCCCCGUGUCCUUGGGCACAGUUCUUGGGCCUCCAGCUGUGUGGGCAACACAAGGGGUCUCCAGCAUUGCAAAGGUUGGCUCAUCCAGACUCCAGCAGCGUGAGGCAUGGAUCAGGCAGGGUCUGGCGGUUCACCAGCAGUUA